AUGUCUCGAAGUUACGAAGUCGAUUCGCCAUCACCUGAAUCGUCGCCCGAAUCGUCGCUGUCGCCGUCACCGUCGCCCCCAAUGCUCAUCUCUAGAGCCGGCCUGGUUUCUGGUGUAUCGUGCGAUUGGCAGAAUUUCCCAGACACAGGCGAGAAACCCAACAGAUUUUACGACCUAAAUCCAGGAGACGUUGUGAUAAUCGGUGGCUUUAAGCCCAUCCCGACGGAUAACCCUGGUCCAGGACUGAGAAGCAUCGGUCAAGCCUUCCCGCCGCCGACCAACAAGUGCUACGAGCUCGAUAGCCACUGCCGAAUUCCUCGUCUGCAUCGACACAUCUACCCGGAACUUGCUCCAAUCUACUACUCAACCGGUCCUAGUGGUCUGACACAACCAGAACUUGCGGCGAUGAGACUGGAACUCACGGCGGAGAAUCUGGCCAGACUCGACAACCUUACUGCUGGUGAGGCAGAAAUGUUUGAUACGUCGACCGGCACCGAAAGUGAGGGUCUGAUGAUGAAUAUCAAAUCAACCAAAGCUACUCCCGGUCGCGGUCGUGUAGCGACCUUUGGCCAUCAAUCUGGACAAGGUCCUCAUCCACAAGGUACCCAAAAGCCACCUGGAAUCGAGCAGCUCUAUUCUGGAGAGAACACUGGAUCCCACCUUGUCUUUGGUCUAGGUAGCCCAGCUGAAAGAGGACCACUUGAAUUCACACGCGAAGAGAGAGAGAUGUGCAACGACGUACAAGACGAUGGCCGUGGCCAACCCAACCACUGCAAGAUCUGCAAUACAACCCAUAUCCCACCCGGUGGACUCCUACGCAAAGGAGAACACCACGGCCCUUUCUCCCGUCUCCCCGCCUGGUUCCCUCGAAACAACAAAGGCAAGCCCCUUGAAUCACUCGCCGAGCUGAUAAGAGAGUUGAUCGUCUUGGAAGACAUUGAGAAGAAUGGCUACCCACCAGGAAAGUCUGAUCCACAUGAAGUCUGGGACAUGCACUACCACGAGAAGGGUCGUCAAUGGUCUACCAAGCAUUCACGAGAUUGGGGAGGAUGGUGGAAGUGUCGAAGUACUGAUGAUGCUCCCCAUGCCGAGAGGGAGUGCAUUCACUGCCAUCGUCCCAAGACCUGUGCACAAAUGGAGGAACAAGCUAUGGCACCGCCACUCCAAGUCAAGAUCCAAUACCUGCGAGAUUAUAUCGAUCACCACUCCAAGGCAAUUGGAAGGAAGGAGCAAGCUGUCGCCUCGGCUAUGAUGCGUCGAGAUGGAAUCCCGGCUUACUUCAAUAACCCUCUGACUGACGAUGAACGAAUGGCAUUGAUGAAUUGGAGACCGGGUCUUCAGACAAGUGCUACGAAUCGUCCUAUUGGACCGAGACUUGUUGAAGAUGCGGCCAAGAUCACGGCGAUGAGGUUGAAUGCUGAUGCUGAAAGUGAAGGAUCUUUGGGCAACCCACGGACCCCUAUGCGUUCGUUCUUCAUGCAGGAUAGCGAUUUGUAA